CUAAAAAUAGAUACCCAAGUAAACAGUAAAUAGAUCACUUUCAUUGUCAGUUGCUUAACGAUUAUUAAAUUAGUGUUUCAUGGUAUUUCAAGAUUCUUUAUCAGUCAAUUAGAGAUGAACAAAGAUUUUGACAGUUUAGCUAUCUCAACAACCGUACCUUGAAGUGUUUACGUAAUUACGCAAUUAGAUUAGUCAUCUACUAAUUUUUCUCGGAAACAUGAUUAUCAAAACAGGAGCAAGACAUUAAAUACACAGAAUGGUUCGUCAUUGUUUAUCGAUUUUGCUAAACCUUCCCGUGCGUUCUCUGGCCACUGCCGCAGUAUUUACGAGCAUGUCGGCAAAUGAAGGCGAAAAUUGGAAGAAAGCAUCUUCUAUCUACGACUUCACUGCGAAAACAAUUAAUGGAGAAACAGUUUCCUUAGAUAGAUAUAAGGGUCACGUAUGUAUAAUUGUUAAUGUGGCUUCCCAGUGUGGUUAUGCAAAAAAUCAUUAUGAAGAAUUAAAUAAACUGUACGACAAAUACGCCGAAAGUAAAGGAUUGAAAAUUUUGGCUUUUCCAUGUAAUCAGUUUGGAGGACAAGAACCCGGGGACGGUGAGCAAAUAUGUCAGUUUGUGUCGUCAAAAAACGUCAAGUUUGAUUUGUUUGAAAAAGUUGAUGUUAACGGUUCAAAUGCUCAUCCACUGUGGAAAUUUAUAAAACAUAAGAAAGGGGGUAUGAUUGGCGACUUUAUAAAAUGGAAUUUCACUAAAUUCAUCAUAGACAGAAACGGCAUACCAGUUGAACGACAUGGACCAAACACUUCUCCUCUUGAGUUGGAGAAGAAAUUGGAAAUGUAUUGGUAAAACGUAACAACAACAGAAGGUGUAUUUCUGUGCUCCAUUGUAGAUAAACUUUUCGUUGAAGACUUAAAUUACGCCGAAAAUUAUUUGCUUACAGGUACCUAGGUACUACCUGUACAAAAAAACAUUUUAGUGUUACAAAACGAAUAAAUAUUUUAUAAAUUCA